AUGGAGGUCAUCACGCUUCAGUUUGGCCACUUCGCCAACCACGUCGGGGCACACUACUGGAACCUCCAGGAUGAAGCUGCGGCGCAGGAGGAGAGCGCGGGAGACGAUGAGGAAGGCUUGAUCGACCAUACGCGGCUGUUCCAUGCUGCAGAGUCGCACGGCCAACUUUCCUGGAGGCCUCGAGCCAUGGUUGUUGACCGCGCCGGCGCCCUGGGCGCCGUCGUGCCCGCGAAG